GCUUUUGUCUAUGGCAAAAGAUACAAUAUCUUUAGAAGCCUGUCAUAGAAAGUGUUUGUUCAUAUCUUCUUUGGGCAGACUGGUGUUCCCUUUCAUUCACAYCUUAGUCCAGAUCCUGUAUCCAGUAUUUGCUUUGUAAAAUGAAGCCAAGUUCUUUUUUUCAUUAGGUCAUGUUUGAUUUAGGUUUCUGAUAGUCAGGGAGAGGUGACACAUCAGCACAUUCAGCAGGCAUAAAUAACAGUGUCUGAAYAUCGGAGAGACUGAGGAGAAGCAGAAGUUUGGAAUCGAGUUCAUUCCAGCUGCAGCAGUGAUCCACACUGACUCCAAGUUUUUAGUUUUAGCCAGUUCAACAGUAAGGAUGAAGCUGUCAUCAGUUCUCUUCCUCUUGGCUCCACUGCUGRUCAGCUGUCAAGUGGUCAAACUGCCAGCAAACUGUAAUGACGUCUACAAUGUGRACAAGACACGGCCCAGUGGAGUGUACACCAUCUAUCCAAGUGGAUCUACAUCUGCUGUUCAGGUUUACUGUGACAUGGACUCAGAGGGAGGAGGCUGGACGGUUUUCCAGAGGAGGAUGGAUGGCUCUGUAAACUUCUACAGAAACUGGCUUGAGUACAAGAGAGGCUUUGGAAACGCUACUGGAGAGUACUGGCUGGGUCUUGAUAACAUCCAUGAGUUGACACGACUUUUUUUGUGUCCUCUAAUGAUUUCUGCAGGAGACAGCCUUACCUAUCACAAUGAACAGAAAUUUACCACCUUUGACAAAGACCAGGACAAGUGGACAAGCGGCAACUGUGCCAGAUCAUAUCUGGGUGCUUUCUGGUACAAUGCUUGUCACCAGGCAAACCCUAAUGGUGUUUAUCGCUGGGGAGCUGACAAUGCCCUGUUUGCUGUUGGAGUGGAAUGGUUUUUCUGGAAGGGAUAUGAUUACUCCCUGAAGAGCAUCAGCAUGAAAAUUCGUCCUGCCAAAUAAAUCUGCAGGUCAAACACUCAGCAAAACAUAAUGAGUUGUUUUUUACUCAAAUAAAAUGCAAUCAUUAGAUUGCAAUCAAUCAAAAGUGUACAUGAUUACCUCUAGCUUUAAUGUAAUUCAGUUGAUUGUGGUUAAAAUGUUUUUGGUGAGGGUUUGCUGCAUGUAAUCCAUUUUUCUUCUGCUCUAUGAUAAUAAAUAAGAAGCAAAUGGCUA